CUCACGAUGGAGUGGCUUUUUGGCAAAAAACUAACCCCUGAGGAGUUGCUGCGUAAAAACCAGAGAGCCCUCAACAAGGCAGUCAGAGAUUUAGACCGUGAAAAACAAAAGAUGGAACAGCAAGAAAAGAAGAUAAUUAACGACAUUAAAAAACUGGCUAAGGAGGGGCAGAUGGAUGCAGUGAAAAUAAUGGCCAGAGAUUUAGUGAGAACAAGGCGAUAUUGCAAGAAAUUCAUGCUGAUGAAAGCCAACAUCCAGGCAGUGUCGCUUAAAAUCCAAACCCUGCGAUCACAGAAUGCAAUGGCGCAAGCCAUGAAAGGAGUGACGCGUGCAAUGGCCAGUAUGAAUCGCCAAUUAAACCUGCCGCAGAUUCAAAGAAUAUUGCAAGAGUUUGAGAAACAGUCCGAGAUAAUGGACAUGAAAGAAGAAGUCAUGAACGAUGCAAUUGAUGACGCCAUGGAGGGCGAUGAUGAUGAGGAGGAAAGUGAUGCGAUUGUCAAUCAAGUAUUAGACGAACUAGGCUUGCAGCUUAAUGACACGUUGUCUGGAUUGCCUCAAACUGCGGGAGUUUUACCUGCAGCCGGGAGCAAACAGCCUGCAGCUGCUGCUGCAGUAGCAGGUGGCGGUGGUGGUGGUGGUGCAGCUGCUGGAAAUGGUGGAUUGUCUGAUGCGGAUGCCGAUCUUCAAGCCCGACUUGACAACUUACGAAGAGAGUGAUGUAGACUUUAGUUUAAGGAUUAUUAUUUUAACAAUUAUUGAAAUACUGAUAAUAAAUUUGUUAUAUAAAGUAUGUCUGUUUGGAUGUUCAGAAGACCAUUGAAAACAGCAAAUGUACUGAUAUUGAUUUUUUUCAAAUUUUCGCUUAACGAGCUUACAAUUUGAGGCUGGCUGAAUCAUUCUGUCCUCAGCGGACAAUAUAAAUAUUAUGUUUAGGUUAUUUCUACAGAUAUAUUUAAUAAAUGUUACUACUUCAAAUUCAAGUGUU